UUAAGAUUUACGGAGUAAAAGUUAAGUCAGCAGAGCGAUUUAAGGCCAGAGGCCAACAAUCCAGUGCUGAUUCUCGAUUAUAUUUCUAUGUUUACAUCUUACAGCCCAGCCCUUCAUAUCAAUGAUUAUAUAUACCCGUUUACACUGCUCAGUUCUCUCCAAAGAUUUGCCACUCUCUUUUUUUCCACCUUGCCACAUGCAGUCUUAGUUUCUUUUCUUGUGAUGCACUAAUGCAGAUGACAGAACCACCGUUUUUGCCGCGUGAGAGGCUUUUUAAGGAGCAGCAGUAUUUCCAGAGCUUGAGCAAGCACACUCAUCUGAAAGGGCGUUACGAUGCGAUCACCUCCGUCGGCAUCCCCCUUGCGCUCGCUGCCUUGAGCCUGUUCAUGAUUGGUCGUGGUGUCUACAACAUGUCUCACGGAAUCGGGAAAAAGGAGUGACCGUCAGUGGCUUCGCUGCUGGGUCGGUACUUUGACAUGGGAGCGGUUCUUUGAAAGGAUUUUGCUGUUCGAAGGUUAUGAGCCCGUAACGUCUAUUUAAGUUGCACAAAUAAAGCUACAGUAAAGUUCCAUCUGUGGAUGGAUUUCUAGUUCUCCUUUCGUUGGUUCUUGCGGGCACCUGGUGUCAGCGAACCGAUGCUGAAUUGGCAGCAACAAUGUUCAAUUAUCGGCAAUGUUGCUAUGUGUUCUCUUUUAACCUGUGGUAUACUAUACAAGUCUUUCAGGCGAUCAUGGUGUAUUUUAUGUUCGA